AUGUUCUCCCUGUCCACGAUGGUGGGGCUGGUACCAAUAGUGUCGCUCUUUGGUUUGUUCUACUCUGCUGCAGUGGAUGAGAACUUCCCUCAGGGCUGCACAAGCAGCAACAAUUUGUGUUUCUACAGCCUGUUGCUGCCGGUCACCAUCCCUGUCUAUGUAUUCUUCCACCUCUGGAGCUGGAUAGGGAUCAAGCUUUUUAGACACAACUAG